CUCUACCGGUUCUGCGUUUAAAGCAUCGUUCUGUUUGGCGAGCUGAAUUAUACCACCACUACUUCAGUCCUUCAGUGAAACGGUGACUCUGAAGUAAGUUGGUUCAUUGGUUCAACGUUGGGCAACAUUCAGGCAAGAAAAUGCCUGCAGCCAUGAAAAACAUGGUCGCUUUGGCGGUCAUCUUCAUCGUAUCUUUGGUCGAAGCUGUUCCAUUUUCGAAAUAUGGCAGGACUUGCAAGGAUAUUGGAUGCCCGAGUAACGAGAUUUGUAUAAUGGCUGAAGAUCCUUGCACAUACUCCCGCAGUGGUUGUGGCCGAUACCCAACUUGCUCAAAGGCUGGAUCGGGAGAGCAAACUUGCAGAACUCUGAUCUGUCCAAGUGGCCAAUAUUGUAAAACCGACAAUGGAAGACCAGUUUGUGUGAGCGCCUCAGGAAGUUUAGUCUCCAACAUUUUUACAGAGACCAAUUGGGACGAAUCCGAGGCGACACCCUGGCACAUCGACAACAACAUCGGGGAAGAGAUUCUCGAUGGAAAUACGAUUUCCGAAUUCAAUGACCUGAGGAAUGGUGGCUCCGCAGAUUUCUAUGGGCACUUCGCCAAGGAAGUAUAUCCCGUUGAACCCGAAUUAUUAUACAGGAUGAGAAGAGCCACUCCUGUUAGUGGAUCGGACGCAAAUGUUGAUUCCAGACAUCCUGAAGAAGUUAAUCCAGACGCUAAUAAUAAUAAAAAUUCUGGAUAUCCCUCUGGUUCUGGUUAUCCAAAAUCAGGUUCAGGCUAUCCUAGUUCUUCUGGGUAUCCUAGUGAAGAUUCGAAGUCUACAGUUAAUAGUCCUUCAAGGUCAGGCUCUGAUUAUCCAUCAGGAUCCGGAUAUCCAUCAGGAUCUGGUUACCCAUCAGGAUCUGGAUAUCCAUUAGGAUCUACAUCUGCUGGAAGUCCUAGUAGGAAUUCCGGAUACCCCUCUGGAUCUGGUUAUCCUGAUGACACAAUGAAGAAAUCAAGCGCAAGCUCAGUUGACCCAGAAAAUUCUGGAACCUCAUCUUCAGGAUAUCCUGGUGGAUCUGGAUAUCCUUCUGGAUCUGGAUAUCCCUCUGGAUCUGGUUAUCCUGAUGACACAAUGAAAAAAUCAAGUGCAAGCUCAGUUAACUCAGAAAAUUCUAGAACCCCAUCUUCAGCAUAUCCCAGUGGAUCUGGAUAUGCUUCAGGAGCAGGAUACCCUGGAGGAUCUGGUUAUCCUUCUUCAAGUAGAGGUUCUGGUUACCCAUCAAGCUCUGGAUAUCCAUCUAGUUCAGGUUAUCCAUCAGGUUCUAGAUAUCCAUUAGGAUCAAGGUAUCCCGGUGGAUCUGGAUAUCCAGACGAUACAAUGAGAAAAACAAGUGCAGGUAACGUAAACGCCGGAAAUCCAGGUUCUCCAAGUUCCGGGUACCCGAAUUCUGGCUAUCCAAAUUCUGGUUAUCCAAGUUCUGGAUACCCUGCUCAAAAUCCAAACCAAUAUACUGGUUAUCCUAAUCAAGCUGGCGGUUAUCCUCAGGGUGAAUAUUCUGGAGGUUAUCCUCAGGGUGGAUAUCCUGGAGGUUAUCCUCAGGGUGGAUAUCCGGGAGGCUACCCUCAGGGAGGAUAUUCAGGAAAUGUACCUACGACUCCCAAACCUGGCAUUGGGGACCAAAUUUCAUUGUUUGCUAAAAACUUGGCAAAGAAAAUUGUCACACAAGCAAUUAUCGAUAGAGUUGUUGGUAAAACUUAAGUUUCUCUUAUAAAUAAUUUUAUUUGUAAAUUGUGGGGUUAAAAUUUCACGUCGCAAAGAAAUAUAAUUUCUGCAAUGAAGAGCUUUGGAGUUUGUAUAUCAGUUUAGGAUUUAGGAAAAUCAUGCUGCUAGUAAUUGACAGAUACUCUAUAGGGCGGUACAAAUUUUUUUUUAAAAUUGUUAUGCUUGUAUCCCCACCCACAAACAAAUUGGUUUGAAUCAAAAAGAAAAUAAGGAAUGAAUUUUUUGUUUUGAAAUAACUUAACAUUGAGAGGUUCCGAAAACCCUAUGAAGUUUAACACGUAUUUUCCACCCGAAAAAAAGGGUUCCUGUAAAUUUCAGACAAAACCGUCAAUAUUAGGCGUGUCAAGUUGUCCCUCAAAAUUUCUCUUUACAUUUAGCUAUAGAGUACAAUUUAAAAAUUAUGUUUUGAAUUUCAAACCAUAGGCUAUUUUUAGAGGUCUUAAAAACCUUCAUUACUGAAAAAUUGGGUAUCGCGAGUUUGUAACGCUAAUUCUAACUUUUUUCAAUUUGUUCCAGUUCUAAUUGUUUUUAAUACACCAAUUCUACUGAUAACCAAAGGCUUAAAGCGUUUUUUCUGAAAUUUUGAACUUUUCUUUAGCUUUUUAGGUAUAAGUGAGUAAUAAACGAACAUCUAAGGCAAUAAUUUUGUUAAACAAUCUUUUUUUUUGUAGACAUUAUUUUAUGAAAACAAAACUUAGAAAUGAUUUAUUUACUAAAGGAAGGUUGAAAAUUUAAAAAUAAUCGCGACUUUCUAGCAUUACUCUAAAAAAUAUAAUUAUCAACAAUAACACAUUGUUGAAAAAGUUUGGAAAUUUGAGAAAAGACCGUAACAAUUUGUAAACAAAAAAAAGUCAGAAAAAACUAAGAGUUAGUGCAGAAACAUUUUUAAAAAUCCUAAUGAAUUUUUGGACCACCUUAAAUAAAAUAUUUUUUUACUUCAAUGAAAAUAUAUGAUCUCUGUCAAUUACUGGAUGAUAUGAUGUUCACAAUAUGGAAUUAGGAUACUCACCUCAGACGUCGAGAAGGUACUAACAGAUAUUGCCCACUUUGCACGCUUACUUAAUAUUUUAGAAUAUAUUUGCAAAAUGUAUUCAAUAACGUACAAUAUUUGUAAUAUUCUUCAAUUGUCGAGCUAAUUGUAAGCUUGCUUACAGUAUAGAGAUAUAUUAAAUUCAUACAGAAUAAUU